AUGGACCUCACCGACCAAAGUCGACCGCAGACCGCAUCUGGGGACGAUCCUGAUGGUCGUGUCGAAAAUGCGCCUUCGUCCUCGACGACAACAGCAUCAGUUGGAACGAAUGACAGGACGGAGACCGCUAACCCUGAGGAACAGCCGCCACCACUACCCCCACGACCGAAUACAUUAAGCUUGUUGGAUGAAGGAGGGGCAUCCUCUCGGUCGUUACGUCAAACAGGCCCGGUCAAUCUCCAGUCCAAGGCUACGACCGCCGUAACUAUACCCGACAUUGCUUCGAAUGAUGCUGGAAAGGAAAACUACAACCUUCGCGGUCUUGCGGGAGCCCUGAGGGCCAAGGCAAGCCUCAGUCAUCUGGCCAGUUCGAGGGCGAGUGAAGCUGGGGAUUCUGCAAGCGUUCGGAGCUCUGUUCCGCAUACCGAGGCCGGAGAAAUGGAGAAUGUCUUUGGCGAUUUGCUUGCGGCGGAGUCAGGUGUUGUUCAGCAAGAUGGCACCGGUCUUCUCCAAUUCCCUGAAUUUCAGGCAGAUGAUGUCGAAGACGAUUUCGCAUGUGAAUUUGAGCCAGUCGGAGAAGUAGAAGAAGGGGAAGACAAUGAGGAAAUGGUCCUCGAGAAAUGGAAGUCGAAACGCAAACACUACCUCAUCCUGUCCGCAGCAGGGAAACCAAUCUGGACGAGACAUGGUGAUGGGGCCCUGAUAUCGACCUACGUUGGCAUUAUACAAACCAUAAUAUCAUUUUUCCAGGAUUCCGACGACCAUCUCCGGAGCUUCACGGCUGGAGACACCAAAUUCGUCGUUGUGACAAAAGGGCCGUUAUACUUUGUGGCGAUUAGUCGGAUACAUGAAAGUGAGACUCAGCUCAAACUCCAACUCGAAGCAUUGUACAUGCAAAUACUUUCCACCCUCACGCUUCCCUCCCUGACCCACCUCUUCUCCGUUCGACCAUCCACCGAUCUCAAGCGGCCGUUACAGGGAUCAGAGACACUUCUCUCAACGCUGGCAGACAGCUUUACAAGGGGAUCCCCUUCUACUCUUCUUUCUGCGUUGGAAUGCCUGAAGAUACGCAAGGCUCAUCGCCACAUAAUCAACAACACUCUUCUCAAAAGCCGGGUCAACAGUCUGUUGUACGGUUUGGUCGUUGCUGGAGGUCGACUAGUCAGCGUUGUCCGACCGAAGAAACAUUCUCUGCACCCUGGUGAUCUACAGCUCCUAUUCAGUAUGAUUUUUGAAGCAGAGGCGGUUAAAACUGGAGGUGGGGAGAGCUGGAUUCCAGUCUGUCUCCCUGGCUUCAAUAGUAGCGGAUAUCUAUACAUGUAUGUCAGCUUUCUUGACCUGAGAGAAGACUCAAGCAAUGUUGCCGAUGAUUCGACGACAAAGGAAGAAUCGGUUGCGAUCGUCUUGAUCAGCACGGAUAAAGAAAGCUUUUUUGAACUGCAAGAAAUGCGGAAUAACUUGGUGGAGCAAUUGCAGAAAAAUUAUAGCCUCCAAGUUAUCAAGGAGGCAAUAGAUCGGGGCCGUCCGGCUACAACUGAUAUUGUCCCCGGAACAGUGUUGCAUCAUUUCCUGUACAAGUCGCGGGCGAAUGUACAGUUUACGAUGUCUUCCUACGAUCCGGAGUUCUCGUCCAUCUCAAGACGUAGGAGGUCAGUAUCUCUGAGUUCAUAA